AAAUAUGACAAUUAUAUUUUGUUUGCAAAUUUAAUAAAUAGAGAAAAUUUCACCCUCCCUUAACUUCCCGGCCGCACCACUUCCCGUCUUCCAUCCCACCUCCGCCGCCAUCUUCGCCGUUCACCUCCGGUUCUAUGGCAGCUCAAAAAUUGUCUGUUGGACUUUCCUCCACCUUACCCACUUCACCAAUCCAAAACCCAAAAACUUCAUUUUUUCAAAUUCUACAAAACCCAUCUUCUUCUUCAAAUAAUCUUACCCUUAAAGGGGUUUUCUUGAAACCCCAGUUUUCUUUUUCUCCUAAGAAUUUCCCCAGCAAGAAAUUUUUCCAGUGUAGUAAUUGUUUGCAAAGAAUUGAAGCAGAAGCUAUUACAGUUCCUGAUAUUGGUAUGACUAAAGAACUUAGAAAGAAGAAGCUGGCAGUUUUUGUAUCUGGUGGAGGUUCAAAUUUCAGGUCAAUUUAUGAAGCUACACUUGAAGGGACUGUUCAUGGAGAGGUAGCUGUUUUAGUUACCAAUAAAAAUGAUUGUGGAGGUGCAAAGUAUGCAAGGGAGCAAGACAUCCCUGUUAUUUUGUUUCCUAAAGCAAAGAAUUCAUCUGAGGGUUUAUCGGAGGAGGAUCUCGUGGGAUCUCUAAGAACCUACAAUAUUGACUUCAUUCUUUUAGCUGGGUACUUAAAGCUUAUUCCUACUGAGUUGGUCCAAGCAUUUCCAAGAUCGAUAUUUAAUAUUCAUCCGUCACUUCUUCCAGCUUUUGGAGGCAAAGGCUACUAUGGCAUAAAGGUGCAUAAAGCAGUCAUAGCUUCUGGAGCUAGGUAUUCUGGUCCAACGAUCCAUUAUGUUGAUGAGCAUUAUGACACUGGACGUAUUCUUGCUCAAGAAGUCGUGCCCGUACUGGCUAAUGACACAGCAGAAACACUUGCAGCAAGGGUUCUUCAAGAGGAGCAUAAACUUUACGUAGAAGUAGCUGCAGCGUUAUGUGAAGAGAGAAUCGUAUGGCGCCAAGAUGGUGUCCCUCUCAUCCGGAGCAAAGAAGACCCCAGUCAGUACAAGUAGAAACGAAGCAAGAGGGUAGCAACUCCGCGGGUAGAAUUAUCGUUACUGAGCUCUCUGUUGAUACUAACAUAGUUUUGGUACAUAUGCCUCGUGGAAGGCUUACCAACGUGCUUGAUUGUUCAAUUGACCAUUAUACCAUAGAAAAUUCGACGUUCUUCAUGAUGUAGACGAAUAUUGUACGUCUAUAACUUUUGUACCAAUAUGUUUUGACUUCUUAUGUUUUUUAAUCUAUGAAAGAAAUAGCUUGUUGUUUAUUGACA